GGCCCUGGCGAGAGCAGACACAAGAUCUGGAGCCUGUAUUGCUCAAUCUGCAGCAUCCUCGGCAUCGCUUCGCCGGGAAGGCAGGAAAAGGUGGACCGCCCCCGACAGGAGGGCGAGCAGGUGAUCAUUUCGUGCGUCACCAACAACCAAGCAGAG